AUGUCUCAACCCAACUCACAAAGCACUCUGGGUGCACCGGUUGAGAUUGUACCUUCAACUCCAGUCCAUCGGGCCACUUUGUCACCUUCGCCAGAUCUUACCGGCAUGGCUAAGCGCUCAUCAUCCCAGUCGGAUAAGAAGUUCUUGUCGCCCCCGCCUUUGUCGUCAUCAGACAUGACUCCUCCACCCUCAACUCAGAUUCCUGGCGCCCCGCUUCGAUCUCGCUCCCAUUCUCGCUCUUUGAGUCCUUCGUUAGUCACACCAGCUGACCUGGACAAGUCUUUGUGCGAUGCCUAUGGUGCUUCUGAGAACUUGCCUACCACAGAGGAGAUUGACAAUGCCAGCGAAACUCAAUUGCGCAUCAUUGCCAAGGACCUUCUAGCGGUCGCCCAAGAAUCGCGUAUGUCUGCACUACACUUCAAGCUGCAGAACAGCCUGGUUUCGUUUGCAAGCAAUGAGGCGGUCAAGCGCGCUGGGGUUGAGCACCAACUUGCCAAACGCGAAGUUGAAAUCCUGCAGAGUGCCGAAUACCGCGGUCGCUCGCACCCUGUGGAGCUUGUUACACCUAGACCUUCCCAGCCUACCGUGACCGCUGACUACCUCGCCGCCCUGCAGCGGUCGCAGGAACUAGAGAAGCUGAACGCUAUCUUGGACAGCAGACUUCGGAAGGCAAAGCGUGCGAUUGAAGAUGCCACGGCUGAAUCCUUGGAACUCAGAGAUAAGAAUGAGAUGCUAAGGAGACGUAUCGGAGACAACCGCAAGCACUUCUCUCAGAUUUUCAACUACGGCACCAUGUCACCGACUAUGCAGAAUGAGCUUCACAGCAUUUGCAAUGGCGAACACACCGAUGGUCUUGCUGCCCUUCUCUACGCCGACAAAAUCACCAACCAAACAAAUAAUUACGGCAGCCACUCUGUCACCUCUGUCCCUGUUACCCCCAACCACCCCAAGAGCCAAUACCUAUCGCCCAGAGGACCUUCAAGAGAUGAUCACUAUGACAGCGAUAGUACUGUCUCGCUCUCUGCCUCUGAAGCUGCUGAAGAUGGACAUGACUCCCCACACCUUCACAUACGCUCUACUGUCCCCAAGAGCAGCACUUUGCUUCAGACCAAGCUGUUUGGUCAAAUUAAGAAGCCCAACAUGGAGCAAUCUCGCCCCAGCAAGCGCAAGGCAGGCUCCGAGGUGACUGGACCCACUUCUAAGAAGUCCAGGACUGGCGACGGUAUUGGCUUGGGCAUCAACGCCUAA